CCGUGCGACCGAGGAGGCGGGCGUUCCUCGCUUUACCGCUGCUGUUUACAUCCAAACACGAAGUACUUAAGUAACUUCAACAUGUCAGCGUCCAUAGCACGGGCGACGGUGAGGGCGGUUAGCAGACGGAAAAUACUGCCAACAAGAGCCGCUUUAACGCUGACUCCUUCAGCUGUGAAUAAAGUCAAACAGCUUUUACAGAAUAAACCAGAAUUUAUCGGCCUCAAGGUUGGUGUUCGAACCCGAGGUUGCAAUGGCCUCACCUAUACACUAGACUAUACUAAAGAGAAAGACAAAUCAGACGAGGAGGUGUUACAAGAUGGCGUGAGAGUGUUCAUAGAGAAGAAGGCUCAGCUGACGCUGCUCGGCACAGAGAUGGAUUUCGUCGAAACGAAACUUUCCAGCGAGUUUGUGUUCAACAAUCCCAACAUCAAAGGGACGUGUGGUUGCGGGGAAAGCUUCAAUAUAUGAACCUCGCCGCGCGUUUGGCUUCAUCUAGAGCUCGAGCCCUCCAGGACAUCCAGUCCCGAUCCUAGAUUCAAACAUCCAUCUUGAAGAUUUGUGGGCAGAGAGCCGGAGGAAGAGACUGAUGUUUAGUGGCCUGUUUGGCCAUCGUUUCCUGUGCUGCCAGCAUUCACCUCAACACAAACCCUGUGUACAGAUACACUGUUAGAGGAACUUGUUUUUGUUAAUUUCAUUGCUUGUACGCAGCUUAAUGUGUGUCUGAUGCGACUCAGAGGAGAGUUCCAGUUACACUCCAUGUUAGUGGUUAAAGAGUAAUUCAUUGCUUUGGUCUCUUCUCAGAGCGUUGUGUGUCAUCCAGUUGCUCUGUUAUGCAUUCAUGUUUGAUAAUCCAGGUAGCGUGUUGUUCUGAGGAUUAUCCAGAUCAGCUGAACCUGCUGGAUGUCGUAACGCGUCCUCUUUACAGCAACGCCUACAUCACAAGAAUUCUGCAGUUGCUUCCUCAUGGUUUGGUGGAUUGUGGACAAGCAGUGCAAAUCUGUAACUACCUACAUAACAUUCGAAGAUUUCCCUGAUGUUAAGUGAUUAUUAACUUUGCACUUUCCGCAUGCCACUUUUUGUCAUUUGCUCUAUAAUGUGAUAAGUGCAGCACAGGAACUGAUGCCAAGUUUUGAAAUGCAAUUGUUUGACUUGAACUUGUUCUCUGUUGAGGUAUGAGUGUGAGUGUGAUGUACAUAACAAUGUAAAUCCCAUCGACUGUCUUUUAACGCACAAAUAAACUUCCAUUAUACUCAA